AUUUGACAUCGUCAGUCGGUCUAAGGGAUCAGUCGAAUACUAUUCGCCGCCAUUUUCACAACGUGCUAUUAUAGCAAAUUUUUUGGAAGCCUCUAACGAUGGCAUACAAAGGAGGACAGAAAGUUCAGAAGGUUAUGGUGCAACCUAUCAACUUGAUUUUUAGAUAUCUUCAAAAUAGAUCCAGGAUCUCAGUAUGGCUGUAUGAACAGACAAACCUCAGAAUAGAAGGAUGUAUUGUGGGUUUUGAUGAAUAUAUGAAUCUGGUAUUAGAUGAAGCAGAAGAAGUUCACAUGAAGACAAAGAACAGAAAAACACUUGGACGAAUAAUGCUCAAGGGAGAUAACAUCACAUUAAUCCAACAAGUGCAGACGUAAUCAGCAGCAUUUUGUGUAUAUUUCUAACAGGGAACAAGUGAGAGAGAUUCCAUUAAAAUCGGGAGAAUGUUGUAAUUUGUUUGUGAUUUUUGUGACUACAUAAAGAACAGUGUCACAGCAACUUUUAAGUUUAAAAUGGGACAACAAAUACCAAUUUUAUAUUUUUUGUUACAAAAUCUGUUUUUUCUAGAUUUAUUUCUUAAAAGUAUUCAAAGCUCUUAAGAAAGUGCAGAUAUUCCUAAACAUCAAUUUUCGCAAUAACAUCAAAACAUCAAUACCAGUCACUUCAACUUAAUUUGCAUAUAUUUCCUAAUGUCUGCAUAAAGGUUUUAUUUUAAAUUUAAUAGAAAAUCUGUUAAUAGUUUAUUAUAAAAUCAGGAAAUCUAAUUUAGAGAAUUAGUAACACUAUCUUAUCAUUGUAUGCUGCAAAUUAACUUGAAGUCACCUGUUGAAUUCCUUUCAUUUAUUGUAUUACUCAUGUUGUCUUUUCAAUCAUGUCAUUGUAAAAUAAAUUUUAUGAAGUCUUAAA